CCUCCUCAGACUUCGGAGAGAGUUCGCGGGCUGUGGACAUGAGUCGCGAGAGUGUUCAUGUCGGAUGGAUCUGUCGCUUCGUCGUUUUAGCGGCGAUUUUCCUCACGGGCUUCAUCAUAGGCUGGUUUGGCCGUCCCUCUGCUGUGCGCUCGGCUGGUGAACCUCCAGACCGACUGGAUCAGUUCCUCCUCCAGAUUCAAGCCCGCAACAUCAGGCAGUACCUCAGGGACUUCUCUCGUCUUCCUCACCUGGCGGGGACGGAGCAGAACCUUCGUCUGGCGGAGCGUAUCCGUGACGACUGGGCGGAGUUUGGCCUGGAGGGGGCGGAGCUUGUGCCGUAUGACGUCCUGCUGUCGUAUCCCAACCAGAGCACACCCAACUACAUAGCCAUCCUCAACACACACUCACAAGAGAUCUUCAAGUCGUCUCUGUCGGAGCCUGUGCCAGAGGGCUAUGAGAACAUCUCUGAUAUCGUCCCACCGUACAACGCCUUUUCUGCUCAAGGACAACCAGAGGGUGAUCUGGUGUAUGUGAACUAUGGGAGGACUGAGGACUUCCUCCAGCUGGAGAGAGACAUGAACAUCAACUGCAGCGGCAAGAUCGCCAUCGCACGCUACGGGAAAAUCUUCAGAGGAAACAAGGUGAAGAAUGCCAUGCUGGCGGGUGCGGUGGGCAUCGUGCUGUUCUCUGACCCUGCAGACUACGCUGCUGCUGGGGUGGCGCUGUACCCGCAGGGCUGGAACCUACCAGGAGGGGGCGCUCAGCGCGGCAACGUGCUCAACCUCAAUGGAGCCGGAGACCCACUCACACCCGGAUACCCUGCCAAAGAAUACACUUACAGAUUUGAUCCUGAAGAAGGGGUGGGACUCCCUAAGAUUCCGGUGCAUCCCAUUGGAUAUGAUGACGCUGUCCAUCUUCUGAAGAAUAUGGGAGGCCCCGCCCCCCCCAGUGGUUGGAGAGGAGCGCUGAACGUGUCGUACCGCAUCGGCCCGGGCUUCACUGGCCACGCCCACAACCAAACUGUGCGUCUGAAUGUCUUCAGCAUCAACCAAGUGACACGGAUCUACAAUGUCAUCGGCAAGAUCAAAGGAGCCGAGGAGCCAGACAGGUAUGUGAUUCUGGGGGGGCAUCGUGACGCGUGGGUGUUUGGGGGGAUCGACCCCCUCAGUGGAGCUGCUACUGUUCAUGAGAUCGCCAGAAGUGCAGGAGCACUGAUGAAGACAGGCUGGCGUCCUCGGAGGACGAUGCUGUUUGCCAGCUGGGAUGCAGAGGAGUUCGGCCUCCUGGGAUCUACAGAGUGGGCAGAGGAGAAUGCCAAAAUACUCCAAGAGAGAGCAGUCGCCUACAUCAACGCUGACUCUGCCAUAGAGGGAAUGUACACUCUGAGGGUAGACUGCACCCCCUCUCUACAUACUCUGGUGUAUGACAUCACUAAGAAGGUGUCAAGUCCAGAGGAUGGGGAGGAGAGUCUGUCUCUUUAUGACAGCUGGCAUAAGCGGGAUAAUUGGACCAAUGAGAGAGAUGCCCCAAGGAUCAGUAAGCUGGGUUCAGGAAGUGAUUUUGAGGCGUAUUUUAUUCGUCUGGGAAUCGCAGCAGGGAGAGCCAGAUACACCAAGAAUCGGGUGACGGAGCGCUACAGCAGCUACCCGCUGUACCACACGGUGUACGAGACGUUCGAGCUGGUGAUUGGCUGGUACGACCCGUCCUUCAGGCGUCUGGAGGCGGUGGCCCGCGUGAGGGCGGGGCUAGUCUUCCGAUUGGCCGAUUCUAGACUCCUCCCCCUAGACUGUGAGGAGUACGCGCGGGCCCUGCAGAAGUACUCGCGAGUGAUCCGAGACCUCGCACACACACACCCCGACGCCAUCCGUACACACCGCGUCUCAUUCGAUCCUCUGUUCUCUGCAGUGCAGAACUUCUCCAAAGCAGCACAGGACUUUCACCAACGUCUGAAUGCACUCCACACUAGCAAUGUUCUGGAGAUGCGUAUGGUGAAUGACCAGCUUAUGUACCUUGAGAGGGCAUUUGUGGAUCCACUGGGGUUGCCUGGGCGACCAUUCUACAGGCAUGUCAUCUUCGCCCCCAGCAGUCAUAAUAAGUAUGCGGGCGAGUCGUUCCCGGGCAUCUACGACGCGCUGUUUGGCAUCGAGCGGGCGGCCGACGCCCCUGCAGCCUGGCGCGAGGUCAAGCGGCAGAUUAGCAUCGCCACCUUCACCGUGCAGGCCGCCGCCAUGACCCUCACCCCACCUUGACCCCUGAGCCCGCCAUGACCCUCGACCUCCGACCCCCACCACCUUCACCGUGCAGGCCGCCGCCAUGACCCUGACCCCGCCAUGACCUCCGACCUCCGACCCCUGAGCCCCACCACCUUCACGUGCAGGCCGCCGCCAUGACCCUCACCCCGCCAUGACCCUCGACCUCCGACCUCCGACCCCCACCACCUUCACCAUGCAGGCCACUGCCAUGACCCUCGACCUCCGACCCCUGAGCCCCACCACCUUCACCGUGCAGGCCACUGCCAUGACCCUCGACCUCCGACCCCUGAGCCCCACCACCUUCACGUGCAGGCCGCCGCCAUGACCCUCACCCCGCCUUGACCUCCGACCCCCACCACAUGACCUCAUCAUCAUCCGCAUGACCUACGACCUUCACUCCCCGACCCUGUGACCUACAGUCGUGUACAGGACCAACACCCAGCUGAAAAACUCCUCCAAGAGUCCGCAGGACUAUAGGGACUCUUCCUGUGUGUGUGUGUGUGUGUGUGUGUGUGUGUGUGUGUGUGUGUGUGUGUGUGUGUGUGUGUGUGUGUGUGUGUGUGUGUGUGUGUGUGUGUGUGUGUGUGUGUGUGUGUGUGUGUGUGUGUGUGUGUGUGUGUGUGAGUUGUAUGGGUGUGUGUUGUGUGUUUUGCAAGUAUGCGUCCGUGUGUUGUUUGUGUGUGUGUGUGAGUUGUAUGUGUGUGUGUGUGAGUGUGUGAGUGUGUGUGAGUAUGUGUGUGUGAGUGUGUGUGGUGCGGGGGUUACAACAUCACUCUGCACUGUGAUGCUGGUUGGCUAAUUUCAUUAUGAACAUUUGUCUCAAUGUUUGUGUGUGUGAGUGUGUAUGGUGCAUUAUGAACAUUUGUCUCAUUGUUUCUGAGAGUAAAUCACACAGAACUAAAUGGAUUAUUCUUUUUUU